UUUUUUUUUUUUUUUUUUGAGGUUCCAAGUUUACUGGGCAGUGAUCACUCCGAUCUAUUCCACUUCUGCAAAUUUCCCUCCAAUUCUCUCAAAUCAAUCUAUGGCUUCAAUCUCUUUCAGCCCUCGCACCGUCGAAGACAUCUUCAAGGAUUACAGCGCUCGACGUACUGGCCUCGUGCGAGCCCUUACUUAUGAUGUCGAUGAUUUCUACUCGCUUUGCGAUCCUGAGAAGGAGAAUUUGUGUUUGUACGGACACCCGAAUGAGUCUUGGGAGGUGACUUUGCCUGCCGAGGAGGUUCCAUCCGAGCUCCCUGAGCCUGCGUUGGGGAUCAAUUUUGCUAGAGAUGGGAUGAAGCGCAGAGAUUGGCUUUCCUUGGUGGCUGUGCACAGUGAUUGUUGGUUGCUUUCUGUGGCGUUUUACCUCGGUGCUCGACUCAACUGCAAUGAGCGGAAGCGACUAUUUAGUAUGAUUAAUGAUCUACCCACUCUAUUUGAAGUUGCGUCUGGAAGGAAAGCUGUUAAAGACAAACCCAGUAUGGAUAGUGGAAGUAAAUCCAGAAACAGCUCAAAGAGGUCACUAGAUGGGUCAAUUAGAAUCAGCAAUCCAAAGAUAAUCGAUGAGAGUUAUGGAGAGGAUGAGGAUGAGCAUGGUGAUACUCUGUGUGGAAGCUGUGGGGGGAACUACAACGCAGAUGAGUUUUGGAUUGGAUGCGACAUCUGUGAAAGGUGGUUCCAUGGAAAAUGUGUGCGGAUAACACCAGCCAAGGCAGACAAUAUCAAGCAGUAUAAAUGCCCCUCUUGCAGCACAAAGAAAGGAAGACCAUAGCGCGCGGAGAUACCACAAUGUAAAGCAUUUUGUGGGAGUUAACCUUUAUGUUCUGCGAAAACUCGUGGUAAAGACCGAAAAAAGUGAAGGUACAUGUUAGGGGAUUUACUUGUGAGGGUUUAUUAUAGGGUUUAUAAAGUUAGCAUGCUAACGGAUAAUUAAGCAUGAGUUAAAGCUAGUUUUCGUUUCGGUUUAUUCAUACAUGUUCGAGCCGUAUAGUUUAGAGUUUAAAGAUUGAUCUUGCCUUCCUUAUAAUGAUAUGAAAAUAUCGUUCAUGUUAGGCUUUA